UCCUGGCCCUCCUGACUCCCACCCUUCUUGGCUGUGACAGGCGCAGCUCUUGGUCUCAGCCUCCUCCAUCUCCUCUACCGCCUCCGAGUAUCCCACGCCUCCGAGCAGGCCGCAGUUUCCUGGCUUGCGAUUCCCGGGCUCAAAGCUCUGCAGCUCCAGCGUCUUGGUGUCCCUGCUCCUGCGAGAUGACGCUCAAGUCCAGCGAAGGCGAAGGUGGGAGCAGCAUGCGCACCGCACUCUCGGACCUGUACCUGGAGCACUUGCUACAGAAGCGCAACCGACCUGAGACUGCAUUGAAUCAGUUGAAUGUUGCCACCGAGGACAUGUAUACUAAUGGGUCCACCGCUCCAGGUAGCCCUGCCCAUGCUAAAGGUCAAGAGGCAAGGAAAGUUCGUCUCAUACAGUUUGAGAAGAUCACAGAGGAGCCCAUGGGAAUCACUUUGAAGCUGAAUGAAAAACAGUCAUGUACUGUGGCCAGAAUUCUCCAUGGUGGCAUGAUUCAUAGACAAGGCUCCCUUCACGUGGGGGAUGAGAUCCUAGAAAUCAAUGGUACAAAUGUGACUAAUCACUCAGUAGACCAGCUGCAGAAGGCAAUGAAGGAAACCAAAGGGAUGAUCUCAUUAAAAGUAAUUCCUAAUCAGCAGAGUCGUCUUCCUGCCCUCCAGAUGUUCAUGCGGGCACAGUUUGACUACGAUCCCAAAAAGGACAAUCUUAUUCCUUGCAAGGAGGCAGGACUGAAGUUUGUUACUGGAGACAUUAUCCAGAUCAUCAACAAAGAUGACAGCAAUUGGUGGCAGGGGCGGGUAGAGGGCUCCUCCAAAGAGUCUGCAGGAUUGAUCCCUUCUCCUGAGCUGCAGGAAUGGAGAGUGGCCACUGUGGCUCAGUCUGCUCCAAGUGAAGCUCCUAGUUGCAGUCCCUUUGGGAAGAAGAAGAAGUAUAAAGACAAGUAUCUAGCUAAGCACAGUUCAAUUUUUGACCAGUUGGACGUUGUUUCCUAUGAGGAAGUUGUUCGGCUCCCUGCAUUCAAGAGGAAGACACUGGUGUUGAUUGGAGCCAGUGGGGUGGGUCGCAGCCAUAUUAAGAAUGCUCUGCUCAGUCAGAAUCCAGAGAAAUUUGUGUACCCUGCCCCAUAUACAACACGGCCACCAAGGAAGAAUGAAGAAGAUGGAAAGGACUAUCACUUCAUCUCAACAGAGGAGAUGACAAAGAACAUCUCUGCCAAUGAGUUCUUGGAGUUUGGAAGCUAUCAGGGCAACAUGUUCGGUACCAAAUUUGAAACAGUGCACCAGAUUCAUAAGCAGGACAAGAUUGCCAUCCUUGACAUUGAGCCCCAGACCCUGAAGAUUGUUCGGACAGCUGAGCUUUCACCUUUCAUUGUGUUCAUUGCACCUACUGACCAGGGAACGCAGACUGAAGCCCUGCAGCAGCUGCAGAAGGACUCUGAGGCCAUCCGUAGUCAAUAUGCUCACUACUUUGACCUCUCUCUGGUGAAUAAUAGUGUUGACGAAACGCUUAAGAAAUUGCAAGAAGCCUUCGACCAGGCUUGCAGUUCUCCACAGUGGGUGCCUGUCUCCUGGGUUUACUAAGCUUACAAAAUUGAUCAACCUGUUCCAGACGACAACCCCCCAAAGAUCUGGAAUGCCAUGCCCCUUGCUUAAGCCAAAAGAGUUGCUUCAACUUCUAUCUCUCUGCAACUGUCCUAGGUAUGCCAGUAGGAUUCAAGUCUUCUCACUCAGGCUCCUUAAAGGGCUGAAGUUUAAUGUUCCUAUUAUAGAUUUCAAAAUGACCUCUGAAAAUUAGCACUACGUACUAUCCAAAUGCAACUACUGCAGAGAAAAAGAAACUGUCCUGACCCCUCUGAAGCCUGAGCAUCUUUACUUUCAACUAUACAGAGUAUCUUUUGUCUUUUUACUCUGGAAUAAGUAUCUUCUGAAACUUUCUACAAUGCCAAAAUCAAACAGCUGUGCAAUAGAACCUCUGCUGUAGGGAAACCUUCCAAAGCAAUAAAAAACGCUGCUGUGUUA